GUUGGCGUGCAACCGCCCGUAAAGAAGGAAGACAAGAAGGAGGACAAGGGCGAGAAAAAGGAGGACAAGCCGAAGGCAGAGGAUAAACCCAAGGUGGAGGGCGAGAAAAAGGAGGAGAAAAAAGAAGACAAGCCAAAGGCAGAGGGUGAUAAGAAGGAGGAAAAGAAGGACGACAAGCCAAAGGCUGAGGACAAGCCAAAGGUGGAGGGC